AUGGCUACUGUGAACGGUAGUACCCAGACACCAUCUCCGUUCGUGACCUUGGUGUCGUCCGACGGGUUCGAAUUCCACGUUCGACGAUCUGCUGCGUGUGUGUCUGCGACGAUUCGGCGCAUGUUGGAUUUGCAGAGCAACUUCAGCGAAGCACAGACCGGCGUGUGUCAUCUUGAAAACAUCAGCGGCAUCGUGCUCGAAAAAGUCGUCGAGUAUUUCUAUUAUAAUGAGAAAUACCGCAAUAGCGAGGGUGUGCCGGAUAUGGAUAUCCCGUCGGAGUUGUGUCUGGAGCUGUUGAUGGCUGCGGAUUACCUCAUUACUUGA